ACCAACCCAAACCAGCCGAGCUGCUGAAAUUUAAACCGGGGGAGCAGGCACAGCGAGGCAGUCCCGGGCUUGCUUCUCUCCGCCGCAGCAGGCGGCGGGGCUGCCGGCCCCAGGCAGGGCUCCAGGCCGAACCCGGGCACCCCGCCGGAGCGGAGCGGAGCGGAGCGGGGCCGCUCCUCCGCAACCCAGCCCGACCCAGCCCACUCUUGCUUCCCGGCGGCGGCAGGAGGCGCCGGCCCGGCCCGGCCCGGUCCUCCUCACCCUUAACUGACCAAGGCUGGCUUAGAAGGUGCUUUCCUUUCCCAAAAAAAUGGGGACUGACAGUGAAAACCCUGUCCUGAGAAAAGUGCUCAUCAGCUUCAACUUGCUUCUGCUGGGCACCAUCCUCAAGCCUUACGAGUGCCGGCUGGAUGCGACAACAGAACCAUCUGGAAGGCCAGCAGUGGAUGAGGGAGGUGGCCUUGCCAACUGCAGUCCACCUACCAAAGAGCAGCCAAUGGUCUUCCAUCACAUCUACAACAUCAACAUCCCCCUGGACAGCUGCUGCUCAUCCGUGCUCAAGUCUUCGGGCGAGGAGGUGAGUUCCGAAGACGACCGGCUGGCAGAGUACACGGAGCAGACCUCCGACAGCGAGAGCCAGGUCACCUUCACCCACAAGAUAAACCUGCCCAAGCAGGCCUGCAAGUGCUCCACCUCCCUCCCGUCCCUACAGGAGCUGCUGAGCAGGAUCGAGAUGCUGGAGAGGGAGGUCUCCAUGCUCCGGGACCAAUGCAACUCCAAUUGCUGCCAAGAAAACGCAGCCACAGGGCAGCUGGAUUACAUCCCGCAGUGCAGCGGCCACGGGAACUUCAGCCUGGAGUCGUGCAGCUGCGUGUGCAUGGAGGGCUGGGCCGGCAGCAACUGCUCCGAGCCGCUGUGCCCGCGGGGCUGCUCCAGCCGCGGCGUCUGCCUGGAGGGGCAGUGCCUCUGCGACAACGACUACGGGGGCGAGGACUGCUCCCAGCUGCGCUGCCCGGCCGGCUGCGGCUCCCGCGGGCUCUGCGUGGACGGAGAAUGCAUCUGCGAGGAGGGCUUCGCCGGGGAGGACUGCUCCGAGCUGCGCUGCCCCCGCGACUGCUCGGGCAAGGGGCGCUGCGUCAACGGCACCUGCGUCUGCCGGGAGGGCUUUGCCGGGGAGGACUGCGGGUGGCCGCACUGCCCCAACGCCUGCUCCGGCAGGGGCAUCUGCCAGGAUGGUCUCUGCGUCUGUGAGGAAGGCUACGAAGGGCUGGACUGCUCGGCAGUGGCUCCUCCCGAAAACCUGCGAGUGACAGGGAUUGGCGACAACUCCAUUGAGCUGACAUGGGACAACCCAGGGGCAGCCACCGAGUAUGUGGUCUCAUACCAGCCAGCAGCGCCAGGGGGCACCCAGCUCCAGCAGCGGGUACCCGGGGACUGGAGCAGCAUCACCAUCACGGAGCUGGAGCCGGGCGUUGCCUACAAUGUCAGCAUCUAUGCGGUCAUCGCUGAUGUCUUGAGCAUGCCUGUCACCUCCAAGGUGAUGACCAACCUUGCCACUCCACAGGGCCUGAAGUUCAAGACCAUCACAGAGACGACGGUGGAGGUGCAGUGGGAGCCCUUCUCCUUCCCCUUCGACGGCUGGGAGAUCAGCUUCAUCCCCAAGAACAACGAGGGUGGUGUGAUUGCCCAGCUGCCCAGCACCGUCACCACCUUCAAUCAGACAGGUCUGAAGCCAGGAGAGGAGUACACUGUCACCGUAGUGGCCCUGAAGGAACAAGCCAGGAGCCCUCCCACCUCCAACAGCGUCUCAACUCCCAUCGACGGCCCGACGCAGAUCCUGGUGCGGGACGUCUCGGACACGGUGGCCUUCGUGGAGUGGACGCCUCCGCGCGCCAGGGUGGACGCCAUCCUGCUGAAGUACGGGCUGGUGGACGGGGAAGGGGGGAGGACCACCUUCCGCCUGCAGCCCCCCCUCAGCCAGUACUCCCUGCAGGCCCUGCGCCCCGGUGCCCGCUACCACCUCGCCGUCAGCGCCCUCCGGGGCGCCAACGAGAGCCGGCCAGCGCUCACCCAGUUCACCACAGAGAUUGAUGCCCCCAAGAACCUGCGGGUGGGCUCGCGGACCCCCGUCAGCCUUGAGCUCGCCUGGGACAACAGCGAGGCUGAGGUGCAGAGCUACAGGGUGGUCUACAGCACCCUGGCCGGGGAGCACUACCACGAAGUCCUGGUGCCACGCGACACUGGUCCCACCACCCGAGCCACCCUCAAAGAUCUGGUGCCAGGGACAGAGUAUGGCAUUGGGAUCUCGGCCGUGAUGGACAGCCAGCAGAGCGUGCCAGCGACCAUGAAUGCCAGGACUGAGCUUGACAGCCCUCGGGAUCUCCUGGUGACAGCCUCCACAGAGACAUCCAUCUCGCUGGCCUGGACCAAAGCCACAGGACCCAUCGACCACUACCGUGUCACCUUCACCCCUGCCUCAGGGAUGGCCUCUGAAGUGACAGUGCCCAGGAAUGAGUCACAGCUUACCCUCUCAGAGCUGGAGCCUGGGACAGAGUACACCAUCUCCAUCAUUGCAGAGAGGGGACGCCAGCAGAGCCUGGAGGCCACCGUGGAUGCCUUCACAGGGGUCCGGCCCAUCACGCAGCUCCACUUCUCGCAGCUGACGUCCUCCAGUGUGAACAUCACAUGGAGCGACCCAUCCCCACCAGCAGAUCGCCUCAUCCUCUCCUACAGCCCCCGGGACGAGGAGGAGGCCCAGCAGGUGACGCUGGAGGGCACCCGCAGGCACGCCAGCCUGACGGGCUUGCGGCCGUCCACCCACUACCUGGUGUCGCUGGUGGCCGUGCACGGUGCCAUCAGCUCCGAGCCUGUCGUCGGCUCCAUCACAACAGGGAUUGAUGCACCAAAGGACCUCAGGGUGGGCAACAUCACCCAGGAGUCCAUGACAGUGUACUGGAGCCCUCCCAGCGCUGCCUUCGACCACUACAGGCUAUCUUACCGCUCUGCUGAAGGGCGGAUAGACAGCACUGCCAUCGGCAGCGAUGUCACCCAGUACCCCCUCCUGCACCUGGAGCCUGCAACCAAGUACGAGAUCGGCAUGAAGAGCGUGCGGGGCCGGGAGGAGAGCGAGGUCACCUCCAUCACCGUGCACACAGCCAUGGAUGCCCCCCUGGGGGUCACAGCCACCAACAUCACCCCCACCGAGGCACUGCUGCAGUGGAACCCGCCACUGUCAGAUGUGGAGAGCUACGUCCUUGUCCUCACUCCCCGUGCAGAUGCAGGAGAAACCAUUCUCGUGGAUGGAGUCAGACAGGAGUACCAGCUGAGCAGCCUCCUGCCCAGCACCACGUACACAGUCUCUAUGUAUGCCACCAACGGGCCUCUCACCAGCCAGACCAUCAGCACCAACUUCACAACCCGUCUGGAUGCUCCAAGCAACCUGACCGCCAGCGAAGUCACUCGCCGGAGUGCCCUGCUCUCCUGGGCGCCCCCCAGGGGAGAGUUCGAGAACUACAUCAUGACCUACAGGACCACCGACGGCAGCCGGAAGGAGCUGAUAGUGGAUGCUGAGGACACGUGGAUCCGCCUGGAGGGGCUGUCUGAGACCACAGAGUACACUGUGCGCCUGCAAGCUGCCCAAGACGCCGUGAGGAGCGGCUUCAUCUCCACCACCUUCACCACAGGUGGUCGUGUCUUUGCUAACCCCCAAGACUGCGCCCAGCACCUGAUGAACGGAGACACCUUGAGCGGCGUCUACACCAUCUCCAUCAACGGCGACCUGAGCCAGCGGGUGCAGGUCUACUGUGACAUGACCACUGAUGGAGGUGGAUGGAUUGUCUUCCAGAGGCGGCAGAAUGGCCUGACCGAUUUCUUCCGCAAGUGGGCGGACUACAGGAUUGGCUUCGGGAACCUGGAGGAUGAGUUUUGGCUGGGCUUGGACAACAUCCACAAGAUCACGUCGCAGGGCCGCUACGAGCUGCGGAUCGACAUGAGGGACGGGCAGGAGGCAGUGUAUGCCUACUACGACAAGUUCUCCGUCGGCGACGCGCGCAGCCUCUACAAGUUACGCAUCGGGGACUACAAUGGCACCUCAGGGGAUUCCCUCACCUAUCACCAGGGCCGCCCCUUCUCCACCAAGGACAGGGACAACGACGUCGCUGUGACCAACUGUGCCAUGUCCUACAAGGGGGCCUGGUGGUAUAAGAACUGCCACCGCACCAACCUCAACGGCAAGUACGGAGAGUCCCGGCACAGCCAGGGGAUUAACUGGUACCACUGGAAAGGCCACGAGUUCUCCAUCCCCUUCGUGGAAAUGAAGAUGCGACCUUACAACCACCGCAGCGUCUCUGGGAGGAAGCGGCGGUCCCUGCAGCAGCUCUGAGCCGCCUGAAUCCCCUUCCCACUUCCCACCACCUGACCUUUUCUGUCAUUCGUUUGUAUUUGAUAACAUCAAAAGGGAAGACAAACAAAUAACUUACUACUUGUCUGAGAUAGCAACCUGCCCCUCACAAGUGCUGGAGGCAGCCACGGCGCGAGCCGAGGCCGUGGGGAAGGAAAGACCUCAUUGCUUUGCAUCUGUCCCAGAGCAAUACCAAAUGUCCAGGCUCCCUACCCCACUACUCUGGCCCUUAACAUGAGAAGAAAGAGGGAGAGAGAGCAAAAGGCAGACAGAUCUCUGAUAUUUUUUGUGUUAAACUUAGCAAUCCUCAGCAAAUCCUUUUAGAGUCAUUUCUUAUGGGGGGCUUGUGGCAGAAACCUUCCCCACAGGGACCUUGGUGUGGUCAUUUCCACCCCAGCGAUAGAUAGAGGCACCUGUCCUCCCUGGCAGGGAGAUCCCAAGCUUCAGGCCAUCCUGUAGACACCAGCUCUUCCAGCAGGCAGAGGCACACUCCUCUUGCCCAAGGGCACACAGCCUGGCCACCACUCCCCUAUGUGCAGGCACUGUAUGCAUGGAGAUAAAAUGAGAUGGGCAAACACAAGGCUUAUCCUAUCCGUGGAAUCCAAAGAUCAUGCCAGGAGGACUUGGUCAAUACCUGCCUAUGUAGGCAGACUCCACAGCUCACAUGUUGGCCCCACCAUACCCAAAAUCAUCCUUGAGGACAAGGGAUGCAGGAGAAGAGCUGCUUCAUCAGCCCCA